AUGAUGAGCGGUAAACCCGCCGACGAGGCCGACGCUUACGAGCGCGAAGCCGAGAAUCGUCGCCGCCUCGCCCAGGAAGCCGACGAAAUGGAGCGACGCGAACAAGAACAGGCCGACAGACGUCGCCGCGAAGGCUAUCCUCCAGGGCCUCCUCAUCACAGCAAUGCCGGCUCGAUCCCCAUACACCAACCGGUUGCAUCUCGCGCGAUGGGCGCGAUUCACAGCCCCGGCGGCCUUCUCGCAAACCAUGGCUCAGGGUCUUCAGGCCCCCCAAUGCCCCUUGGUGCUCCAUCAGGGCCUGGCGCGAACUUCGGCGGCCCCCUUCAACCCGAUAACAGCAGACCACCGCAGCAUGGCGGACCCAACAACCCGAAUGCCCAGCACCAGAUGUUCGCUCCGAUCCCGCAUACGACCGUUCCUCCUAGUAAUUCUCUUGGCGCCGCCAGCGGCGGCCCCCCUGUAUUUGGAGGCCCGUUGCAGCAGCGCGACGGCCAACAACCGAUGCAACAAGGGUUAUACGGUGGCGGUGGUGGAAACAGCGGCAGUGGUCCUGCCGGCGCUCCUGGCGGCCAGGGCCAGACGCAACAACAAGGGCAAGGCGGCAUUGCCCAUGGCCAACAACCGAUUUUGAACGAUGCCUUGACCUAUCUGGACCAGGUUAAGGUACAGUUCCACGACCAGCCCGACGUGUAUAACCGCUUCCUAGACAUCAUGAAAGACUUCAAGAGCCAAGCGAUUGAUACUCCCGGGGUUAUCAACCGCGUCUCGGAGCUUUUCGCUGGCCACCCCAACCUGAUCCAAGGCUUCAACACCUUCCUGCCGCCCGGAUAUCGAAUCGAAUGCGGCGCCGGUAACGAUCCGAACACCAUCAGAGUUACAACGCCAAUGGGUACCACUGUUCAAUCCAUUGCCGGUAGAGGCACGCAAGUCGAGGGUCACGCGCAUCCCAGCGGUGCCUCACAGCCGCUCUUCCCCCAGCGCGGAAACAACUGGCAGCAACAGCAGCCGCCGCCCCCUCAGCAGCCUCAACAUAGCAUCGAAAGCCCCGAGGCCAACUUCAGUACGCCUGUGCAGAAUGGCCCUGGAUCUUUCGGACCUGCUGCUCAGAACCUAGCUGCGGCUUUCGAAGCUCAAGGGACGGCUCAGCAACGUGGUCCCUUGCAGGGUGCCGCUCAUGCGAACAAUGCGCAGCAGCCGCCUCGCAACGCGCAUACACCAACUCCGGCUACAGGACCCGCAAAUGGCAACGGUGCUAUCAACCAGCAGCAACAGGCAAACAUGGAACGCCGCGGUCCAGUCGAGUUCAACCAUGCUAUUAGCUACGUCAACAAAAUCAAGAACCGCUUUCAGGAUAAGCCUGAGAUUUACAAACAAUUCCUUGAAAUUCUCCAGACUUAUCAGCGGGAACAAAAACCCAUCCAGGACGUCUAUGCCCAGGUUACAACGCUGUUCCACACAGCACCUGACUUGCUUGAAGAUUUCAAGCAGUUCUUGCCUGAGUCCGCUGGACAAGGAAAAGGAACGCCCGGACGACCUAGUGAUGAGCUCCCUCCCGGCCCGGGCCCGAAUCAGACCCCUCAACCUAGUAUGGGCGGUCAGAAGAUGCCUCCCCUUGGUAGCUUUGCGCCUCCCAGUGCUUCCAAAGAGAACAACAAGAAGCGACCUCGGACGGACAAGCAAACACCCAUUCCUGUUCCGGCUGUUGUUGAGACGGCGCCUCCAGUCAGCAGAGUUGCUCCUGGCGCUCCACCCCCUGCCGGCGCGAACAACAAGCGAGCGAAACUGGCUCACAACAAGGCACUUGCGUCCGAUGCUCCUGCAGUUGAGCCGACUUUGACACCAAUUCUGCCCGAGCCUCUGGGACCUCCGGCUUCUUCUACAACCAAUUCAGACGAGAUCGCCUUCUUCGAAAAGGUCAAGAAGUAUCUCAGCAACAAGACUGCGUUCAACGAGUUCCUCAAGGUCUGCAACCUUUUCAGCCAGUCGAUCAUCGACCGAAACACGGUAUUUCACAAGGGCAGUGUUUUCUUCGCUGCGAACCCUGAACUCCUGGGCUUCUGGAAAGCGUUCCUCAAAUACGAACCGCACGAGGAUGUCGUCGACAAUCGACCUGCUCCGCCUAGCGGAAAAGUGUCUUUGAGUAACUGCCGAGGCUAUGGCCCUAGUUACCGUUUAUUGCCUAAGAGGGAGCGCCUCAAGCCCUGCAGCGGCCGUGACGAACUGUGCAAUUCUGUCCUGAACGACGACUGGGCCUCGCAUCCCACUUGGGCCUCAGAAGAUUCAGGCUUCGUCGCACAUCGCAAGAACGGGUUUGAGGAGGGUUUGCACCGCAUCGAGGAAGAACGCCACGAUUACGACUUCAAUAUCGAGGCGAACCUGAAGUGCAUCCAGCUUUUGGAGCCUGUGGCCCAGCAAAUCAGCGUGAUGUCGCCAUUGGAGAGGGAGCACUUCCAGAUGCCGCAAGCUUUGGCGGGGCACAGCACAUCAGUUUUCAAGCGCGUCUGCAAGAAAAUUUAUGGUGACAAGGGCCCCGAAGUUGUCAACGACUUGUUCUCGAACCCGCUCAACGUUGUCCCAAUCGUUUUGACACGCAUGAAGCAGAAGGACGAGGAAUGGCGAUUCUCUCAGCGAGAGUGGGAGAAGGUAUGGCACGCUCAAGUCGAGCACAUGCAUCUCAAGAGUCUUGAUCACAUGGGCAUUCUGGUCAAGCAGAAUGACAAGAGAAACCUCUCGGCCAAGCAUCUCGUCGACGUUAUCAAGACAAAGGCGGAGGAACAGAGGCGCCAGCGCAGCCUGAAGGGCAAGGCUCCGCGCCAUCAAUUGGUCUGGGACUUCUCCGACAAGAAGGUUGUCGUUGAGUUGCUUCGUCUGAUGAUGCUCUACACUAUUAGUAGCGGCCAGCACAGCGUCCCAGAGAAGGAACGCAUUUCCGACUUCUUCGAGACCUUCAUCCCCGCCUUCUUCGAUAUUCCCGAGGAAGAGAUCGAUGGACGCUUGCCUAGACUCCAGGACGUGUCAGAAGAAGAUGACGCGGAAGAGACUGUUCCCACCGAGCUUACCAAUGGCCGCAGUCGUCGUGCCGGCAGAAGAGGCGAUCUGCUCCGCGGUGUGCUUGACCCCGGCCGCAAUGGUUCAAAGCCUCGUGCGCAGAAGGAAGGAAGCGCAGCAUCUGGCAGCAAAGAGACGACUCCUGAAGUGGGCUCAGCCAACGAAGAGGAGAUGCCCGAUGCCCCAGAAGAUGGUAAUGGCCCGGAUGUGUCGAACGAACGCUGGAUGCCAAUCGUGCCGCAACCCAUUGUCACGACGGGAGAUGACGCCCUUCUGACUGCUGAUGGCGAGCUGAAGGCCGACGGGUUCUUCUCCCGACCCUGGUACAACUUCUUCUGCAACCAGACCAUCUUUGUCUUCUUCAACGUGUUUCAGACGGUCUACACGCGCCUCAGAGACGUCAAGGAGAGCAAGGAGAGUGUUCUCGAAGAGAUCAACCGUGUCAACCGACCCCGCCCGGCGAAGGAUAUCGGUUUGGCCGAUAACACACUGAACUACUUUGGUCCAAACGACGAUCCUUCAACCUUCUGGCCGAAGACCCUUGAGCUCGUUGAGGAAUACAUCACUGGCGAUAUCGACGAGAUCCGGUAUCAAGAUGUUCUGCGUCACUACUACCUCAAAAGCGGCUGGAAGUUGUACACCAUUCAAGAUCUUCUCAAGACUCUGUGCCGCCUCGCCCUCACCUGCAGCAGCACUGACGCAAAGGAGAAGACUCCAGAUCUCAUCCAGCAAUAUCUUCACAGCCGCGAGAAGGAGGAGACGAACUACCAGGCCGAGAUUGCUGCUCGAAAGUACGCAGAGAAGUGUGUCAAGGAUGGCGAGAUGUUUGUCAUCUGCUGGUUCCCGCAAAAGUCAGAGGCCUCAGUCCGUUGGCUGCAACGCGAGGAUACCACGUUCUACAUGGACGAGAUGAAGGCCAAGGACCGAUGGCAAUACUACAUUUCUUCAUUUAUCCAAGUGGAGCCAACAGAAGGUGUGCCUCGUCACAAGCUUCAGAAGACGGUCUUGGCACGCAACCUUCCUUCUAGCGACGAGAAAUUUGAGGAUAGCCAGAUCCCCAAGCCCAUCUCCUUCGAUGAAGAUCUUUCCAUCAGCAUUUGCCUGAACUCCAGCAAGAUGGUGUGGAAGGCGGGCACAUCCGAGUACUUCGUCUACGAUAACGUUCCCAAAGACAAAGAAAGUCGCGAGCGACACCUCGAGAGGCUUAAAAACGCGAGCAACAAGCGUGAUACCAAGCUUCGCGAGAAGUUUGUCUUCAACAGUCCUUGGAUGAAGGGUAUGAGCCAGGCCGAUGUCCAGAAGUCCAACGAAGGCUGGUCAAAAUGGCUGAAGGAGGGUACAGUCCCUUCUUCUGACGCCGGAGACGCAAUGGACACCGCAGAGUAA